CCGAGGUCUGGAAUCAGAGUUCACUGGUUACUUGUUAUGGAUCAAGCAGACCGUUCCUCACACAGCACGUCUUAAAGCUGCCUGGAGACCAGGUGUUCAAGGAUUUUAGGAGAGGAAGCCAGCAAAGAACCAGUGGAUCAGAUGAUGGAGUGGUGCAUGAAGGAUCGUCACGACAACGCUGACGACAACGUGCAGACAGCGGUCUCAAAAGCCUCAUUUCAGCGCUUUUCAUUCCAUCACACACUGCCAUCCGCAUGACCCUGCACAACGGGCGUUUCAUUAAGUGGAAGGAAAGCAAGAAGGAGGAGACAGAAGGAGACGAGGACAGAGGAACCGACUGCAACCCUAGGAACCUUUUUUUCUUCUCCCCACGCCAUGAAGCAGAAGGAGAACCUGAACCCCGUGCUGCUGCUCCUCUUCCACCUCACGGUGUGGAUCUACACCUCCGUCGCCUUCCUGCCCUCCUACGUCCUCAGCCGGGUCUGCGGCGUCGACGGGGUCCGCCACGGCUCCGAGGAGGAGCGGGCCGCGAGGGCGAAGGCCCGCUCGGCGCCGGGGCACCCCGAGGGGCCCUACCGGGCGGCGAGCGCCGCCGCAAGGCUGGCGACGUCGCUGCACCCGGGAGUGGACGCGCUGGACAAGGUGUUCGAGUACGCGGCCACGAGGUUCCCCCACAGGGACUGUCUGGGGACCAGGGAGGUGGUCAGUGAGGAGGACGAGCACCAGGCCAACGGGAAGGUGUUCAAGAAGGUGGUUCUGGGUGAGUACCGCUGGCUCUCCUACGAGGAGGUCCUCACGGCGGCGUCCCGCCUGGGCAGCGGCCUGGCGGCGCUCGGCCAGCGGCCCAAACACAACGUGGCCAUCUUCUGCGAGACGCGGGCCGAGUGGGUCGUCGCCGCCCAGGCCUGCUUCAUGUACAACUUCCCGUUGGUCACCCUCUACUCCACGCUGGGCGGUCCAGCCAUCGCUCACGGGCUGAACGAGACUCAGGUCACCCACAUCUUCACCAGCAGAGAGCUCCUGGAGACCAGGCUCAAGGCUAUCCUAUAUGAAGUUCCGAGGCUGCAGCACAUCAUCGUAGUGGACGACACGCCGACCUCGUGGCCCGGCUAUCCACGUGGCAUCAGCGUCCACAACAUGGCGUCGGUUCAGAAGCUGGGAGCCAGGCCUGAGAAUGCGUCACGCGAGCGUAAGCGGCCGCUGCCGUCGGACAUCGCCGUCAUCAUGUACACCAGCGGCUCCACGGGCAUCCCGAAGGGCGUCGUGAUCUCCCACGGCAACAUCAUCGCUGGCAUCACGGGCAUGGCGGAGCGGAUACCCAACCUGAGCGAGGAGGACACCUACAUCGGCUACCUGCCUCUCGCCCACGUGCUGGAGCUCAGCGCCGAGCUGGUGUGCGUCUCUCACGGCUGCAGGAUCGGCUACUCGUCGCCUCAGACUCUCGCCGACCAGUCAACAAAGAUCAAGAAAGGAAGCAAAGGAGACACCAGCGCCCUGCGGCCCACUCUGAUGGCGGCUGUGCCGGAGAUCAUGGAUCGCAUCUACAAGAACGUGAUGACCAAGGUGGAGGAGAUGAACUGUGUCCAGCGGACGCUCUUCACACUGGCAUACAACUACAAACUGGAGCAGCUCGCCAAAGGAAACAGCACGCCUCUAUGCGACAGGCUGGUGUUCGGGAAAGUGCGCUCUCUGCUGGGCGGCCGGACGCGGGUGCUGUUGUCGGGCGGAGCGCCGCUCUCCGCCGCCACGCAGCGCUUCAUGAACGUGUGUUUCUGCUGCCCGGUGGCUCAGGGCUACGGCCUGACGGAGACCUGCGGAGCCGGCACCAUCAGUGAAAUGUGGGAUUACAGCACCGGGAGAGUGGGAGGGCCGCUGGUCUGCUGUGAGAUCAAACUCAAAGACUGGUUGGAGGGCGGUUACCGUAAAACCGAUAAGCCGCAUCCGAGGGGCGAGAUCCUGAUCGGCGGACCCAACGUCACCAUGGGGUACUACAAGAACGAGGCGAGGAACCAGGAGGACUUCUUCGCCGACGAGAGCGGCCAGAGGUGGUUCUGCACCGGAGACGUCGGAGAGUUUCACGCCGACGGGUGCCUCAAGAUAAUCGAUCGUAAGAAGGACUUGGUGAAGCUGCAGGCAGGCGAGUACGUCUCUCUGGGGAAGGUGGAGUCCAUGUUGAAGAACUGCCCUCUGGUCGACAACAUCUGUGCCUACGCCAACAGCGACGAGACCUACGUGAUUGGCUUCGUGGUGCCCAAUCAGAAGCAGCUGCUGGCUCUGGCCGGCCAGUACGGCAUCCGAGGCCCGUGCGAGGAGCUGUGCGGCAGUAAAGCCAUGGAGGAGCUGGUCCUCAAGGUCAUCACCGAGACCGCCCUGGCAGUCCAGCUGGAGCGCUUCGAGACCCCUCGCAAGAUCUGCCUGAGCCCGGACCCGUGGACCCCGGAGACGGGGUUAGUGACCGACGCGUUCAAGCUCAAGCGCAAAGAGCUGAAGACGCGCUACCAGGACGACAUCGAGAGGAUGUACGGCGGGAAGUGACCCGACGAGGGCGAUCGAAGCGCGGACCAGGGCUCUGAACACUCCCCCCCCACACCAUGAAUCCCCCCCAUGAACACAAGAGACCCGAAUCUGUUAUGAAUCCUAACAGAACGAAGCUUAAAGUGUCGUUUCCUUAAAGUUCUGGAAUUGGGAACUAAACAAAGGCAUCUGUGCCCCCCCCGUCCUUUUGAUUGUUCUCCUCUGACCCAGGUGUACGACCUCUUUAUUGUGCCAGAUGUGAGUUAUGAAACAGCUGACGUUGCCUGUUGAACUCUCCCUGAGUGUCGGGGCGGACAUCUUUCCUUUAGCUCGUUCCCUUCGCGUGAAGCUCUCGGCGCUCCGUCCUCCUGCGGGCCAGGAGACGGUCAAGUCUUUUGUUUCUUCUUCUUUUUUUCUUUUUGUUUCCACAUGUUUUGAGUUUAUUUUGCCUCCCCCUUCACCCUCCCAGGAGGGACUUUGACUCUCGCGGUCGUGGGGCUUCUCUCCCCGUCGUCGGCACAUCUUGAUACCAAAAGCACAAAGUCAUUCGAGGGCAAAUGAGAGCAGGUCGGUUAAAAAUAAUAAUAGUAAUAAUAAUAAUAAUGCCGAGGUCAUAUCGUGGUCUAACAAUUUUUUAUCUUUAUAUCAUCAACGAUAAGGUCGUUGUCCCUUUUUUUUUUUUUAAAUGACAGAUGGCAUCUAGAUGCACUGUUGUUUACUCUAGUGGAGUAUAUAUAUCUAUAUUUAAUGUGCAAAAAAAGUAAAACUGCACACGUGCUUGUUUUACAGAUGAAAUGACUGUAAUCAUUGUCACGGUUGAUAAAUUGUUGCGCAACACGAGAACGGAUCACGUCAGUCCAAAUAAGGCCGUUUUGAUUACACGCGGCGCCGUAAAUGAAGCGCUCCCGAUGCGCGUGCGUGGGUGGGAAUAAACGAGCGCACUUUGACUCUGCAGCACCGACGCCGACGGCUUGAGGGCGCUGUUUUUUUUUUGUGUGUGACUCGUCCCAAGUUCUGUACGCGGCGGCCAUCAUUCCUCACCGUGUGACACCUGUUGCCUUCUCUUGUGAUCCUGAGUCGUGUGUGUGUGUGUGUGUGUGUGUGUGUGUGUGUGUGUGUGUGUGUGUGUGGAGCUGCGAUCAGCAGAGGAAACAGACUAUUUUAACUCCAGCUUCGUCAUGGCGACCUGUUCCUCGGAGCUCCCUCCCAGGCCUUGUAACAUAAGUGCAUCCUACUAUUUAUUUGUGAUUUGCCUUUUUGGAGAAAAAAAUGACCCGAAAACAAAGUCAAUAAAGAUUGUGUGUGUGUGUGGUCGACGUGCGGGAGGGAGUGUUCUAUUGUUUCUCAGAGCAAUGCAUUUACCGUCUUAUACAUUGAAUUAUUGAAAGUUUAAAAAGCGCUGUGGUUCUUUUGUAUUCAUUGUUUCAGACGUUUGAUGACGUGUUUUUAUGUGUGAACAGUUGUAAACACAAAUAGAGACGAGUGGUUGGAAGCUAAUCAAAUUCAAGCCUUCGUGUCACACUGAUUCUUACCAGUGACCUUCAAAUUAAAUCCGUCAUUUGGAGAUCACGUUCCUAAAAGAAAGUAAUUCAAAAAACUUUUAAAAUAAAAAUGUAAUCACUGUAGGAAUCACGAACAGUGAAAUGUGUGCUAUAAACAUCAAUAAAACCACCAAAACGAC